GCUCAAGGGGGUACAGAAGCUCAUGUCCAACUUUCCUGGAAAAUUUCCAAAGUGAGAGGUGGCUAGGUUUUCCCUCAGUGAGAAAAGAGGACUUGGGUGGGAGGGGUCUGCUCUCCAGGGAUUGGGUGAGACAAAGGAUUUCUCCUGAAGGAAAGGGACAUCUCAGAAGGGACCUGGGCUUGAGUCAUUUGAUGGAGACCUAAGCACACAGCUCAGCAGGGUGCCAUUACAAAAAAAAAGUCUGCUUGGGCUUUGCCAUUAGAACAAAUGAGGGGGCAGUUACAAGCAGUCAACCAAUUACUGCAUACAGGGCCCAGAGCAAUGUGGCGGGAUAGCUCCAUGGGACUGAAAACUCCACAUACAGGAAAAGGAAAGCUUUUGGAAAGCUUUCCACCAACGCCAGAAAAGUGAAACAACUUGCUUAGGAUUUCAGAACUAGGACGUGACAAAGCUAGGAUCUGACUCUGAUUCAACAGGAUUGGAUGGAAUGGAUAGCAGGGCAGGAGUGACUGGGAAAGACUUGGGUGGGUGUGUGUGUGCGUGUGAAAGACCAGGUGAGCAAAAUACCAAGAUUUCGUGGAGAAGUAGGUGGGAACAGAAAACAACAUGGAUAACAUCCCUGACAGAUACAGCUUCAGAAACGUCCAUGGCAGAAAACUCAGUUACCCAAGAAGUGGGCACAGAGCUGUUUACCUCCUUUGAUUCCUGGAUCACACCAGGAGAACUGCUCUGAAGUGUUUCCUUGAAAAACAAGCCCGCACCCCCGCUUAAGUCUCAGUGAAGGGAAGAAAGCGAAGGCUGGCCAGCCUCCCAGGACAUCUGAAGUUCGGUCACUGAAGACGCUUGGAGAAAGUCUACAUCGAUAUCAUUGUUCACUUUGCGCCAGAACGGCCAGGGCCCAGGGACCCACCUCAGCCUGAAACCUGCCAAGACUGACAGACAAGAUCAGAGCAGCCCCAGCGCAGAACCAGGUGCUGCCUGGAGCGGGCACACCCAGUCGCUGCCGCGCGCCCUCCGAAACCCCAACUGCCCCGCGCGUAUACCUCCCGCUCCCUUCCGGACGGCUAGGCUUAAGCAGAAGGCAGGCGGAUACGAGUCUUUAGCGAAACAGCCCUGAAGCCCAACUGGAGUUUUAUUUCUAGAGCGAGAGCGGGCUGGGGCCGUGGGUGGAGAGGAGCUCGCCGAGCCGGUGCGCGUCACCGUCGCCCGGAGAGACGCCGCGCCGCGCGAUCUGCAGAGGCGCUAGCUCUCCCGCAGCCGGAGGGCGCAGCGGAGACACUAAAGUGGCGCGGGCGGCCCGGAGCGCGCGAUCGCGGGCGGGAGUCAGGCGGGGAGCGGCCGCCCGCCGGGCGCGGGGAGGCCCGGGGUCCCGGGGCGCACUGCCCGCGCGCUCCUCUCCCCGUGCCCGAGAGCACGUACGCGGCCCGCGGGGCGUCCCGGGCGCGGGGCUCCGGCAAAGAUGACCCCUGGCUGGGUGCUGCUCUGCCUGCUCCCGGCGGUGCGGGCCGCGGACGAGCGGAGCCCCGGGGCGGCCCUAGCGGGCCCCAAUGCCUCGCACUUCUUCUGGAACAACUAUACCUUCUCUGACUGGCAAAACUUCGUGGGCCGGAGGCGCUAUGGGGCCGAGUCUCAGAACCCCACGGUGAAAGCCCUGCUUAUCGUGGCUUACUCUUUCAUCAUCGUCUUCUCGCUCUUCGGCAACGUUCUGGUCUGUCAUGUCAUCUUCAAGAACCAGCGGAUGCACUCGGCCACCAGCCUCUUCAUCGUCAACUUGGCUGUUGCCGACAUCAUGAUCACGCUCCUCAACACCCCCUUCACUUUGGUCCGCUUUGUGAACAGCACGUGGGUGUUUGGGAAAGGCAUGUGCCACGUCAGCCGCUUCGCGCAGUACUGCUCCCUGCACGUCUCCGCCCUGACGCUGACGGCCAUCGCUGUGGACCGCCACCAGGUCAUCAUGCAUCCGUUAAAACCCCGGAUCUCAAUCACAAAAGGUGUCAUCUACAUCGCAGUCAUCUGGACCAUGGCAACGUUCUUUUCACUCCCACAUGCUAUCUGCCAGAAAUUAUUUACCUUCAAGUACAGUGAGGACAUCGUCCGCUCCCUGUGCCUGCCAGACUUCCCUGAGCCAGCCGAUCUCUUCUGGAAGUACCUGGACUUGGCCACUUUCAUCCUGCUUUACAUUCUCCCCCUCCUCAUCAUCUCCGUGGCCUACGCCCGUGUGGCCAAGAAGCUGUGGUUGUGCAACACCAUCGGCGACGUGACCACGAAGCAGUACCUGGCCCUGCGGCGCAAGAAGAAGAAGACCAUUAAGAUGCUGAUGCUGGUGGUGGUCCUCUUUGCCCUCUGCUGGUUCCCCCUCAACUGCUACGUCCUCCUGCUGUCCAGCAAGGUCAUCCGCACCAACAACGCCCUCUACUUUGCCUUCCACUGGUUUGCCAUGAGCAGUACCUGCUACAACCCCUUCAUCUACUGCUGGCUCAACGAGAACUUCAGGGUCGAGCUGAAGGCGCUGCUGCGCAUGUGCCAGAGGUCGCCCAAGCCUCACGAGGGACAGCCGCCCUCCCCUGUGCCCUCCCUCAGGGUGGCCUGGGCGGAGAAGAGCAGUGGCCGCAGGGCUCCUCCAGCCAACAGCCUCCUGCCGUCCUCCCAGCUGCAGUCUGGGAGGAUAGACCUGGUGUCCGUGGAGCCCAUUAUGACGAUGACUUAGAGGAGGAGGAGGAGGCGGGGAAGGGGUGGGAGUGAGGGGCUCUGUCUGCUGAGGAGGCUGGCAGAGCACCCGAGAAGAGAGCCUGGAAAAGAGUCUGCCCUCGCACAUGAUGAACUUCACAUGCCAGAAACAAGUUCCUGCAGAAGCCCGAGGUCACUUGAGUUCCCACACAACUCUGUCCAGCCUCUUGGCUCCAUUAGAGAAAACAAAAAGGCAACUUCCAGCUCAACACAUACUGGUGAAUUUCUGCCUGAGACAUGCUGGUUCCCCGAGCCAGAGGGCCCGGGACAGCUUCUACUCACAUGGGGGUUGAGUUAGGCAACUGCUCCCAGCAGUCGGGUAGCCGCCUUCCAACACUCCCCACCACUGAGCGCUCGUGACAGAGCUGGGAGUCAGACUUGGGGUGUGCACCACCCAGGGGCACGGCGCUGCUUGAGAAAGGACUGUUGGCCAGUGAGAGGUUCGCCAGCCAGAGCUGUUGUGGAGCUUUGAAUGCCUUGCUUUCUGAAGUUGCUGGAGCAAGAUGAAUCCCAGUUCUAUGGUGGCCCAACACUUGACAAGGAAGGGCUAGCUGGGCUCUUUACUUUAGUAAACAGGAAUUACUGAGUUUCCUUAAAACAAAGAAAAACUCUCGCUGAAAGUCUGAAACAUUCAGAAAAGCACAAAAAGGAAAAUAAAAACUACCCCCUUCUCCCACUAACUUGUGAAAAGUUCUGUCAAAAUGCUAUGGAUUUCUUGGCAACUUUUUUCUGUAUGUAUGUGUCUGUGAUUUUUGUUUCAUGUUGAAUUACAGUUUUCCCUUUAGAAAUAAGAAAUACAAGCAUAGCUGAGAACUCCUGAACCCCUCUCUGAGGAGUAAUAUCUACUGGAAGAGUUAGAUGAGGUGAGAGAAGAGCCAAAGGAGAAAACUGUCCCAGAGCAGACAGACUGCCUGGUCUUGCAGCCCGCAAUGGGAAGGGCCUGGUUAAAGGACCCCUCUUAGGACGAUGGCCAUUGCGAUAAACCAGGAACAAAACAUCCAGGAGAUACAAUUCCUCUUCUCCUGCAGUCUCACAGAACAAGAUGCGAUGAAAUACUGCUCUGCUUUUGCAGGAGAUGAGAGAGCAGGCUUUCCAACAGGCUCUAAAGCUGUCUAGACACGCUGUUUCUCCUCUGUGUUGUCUGAAUAGUAAGGCUUUUUCAUACCAAUUUCCACAAGACAGCUCACAUUCAACCUUACUCUGGUGGCUCACAUGGUGCUUAUCAAAACCUAUGGCAUCAUGAUGGUCCUUAAUAACUCAACUUGCCAGAGAAACCUCAUUCCAGAGACAAUGAGUGUUUUCAUCACCUUCUGUCUGGUCCUGAGUAAGUCACGAGGUCACCCAGGUGAGAGGUGCCCCAGGCAGAGGAGAGCUUCAUUCACAGCCCUAAGCAAGUGCUGCUCUCAUGCUUGUUUGAGGUUUCUUUCUAGCAACCAGAGACAUUCUGAAAGCAAACAAUAGCCGUGGAGCUGAGUGGAAAACUGAGGCUCGGGAGAAGAGGUUCGUCUGAGGUUCACUUAGAUCUCUUGGCUAUUAACUGGACUUUGUCAUGUCAUCUGCUUCCCUAAAAUGAAUCAUGGAGGUUCAUCAUACUAUUCUCUCUGUUUGGGGAUGUUUGAAAAUUUCAAGCUGUAAAGUUUUAAAAAUCAUCUGAACAGUGGGUAAAAAAGUGACUUUCAUGGGAUGUGCAUGCUACAUUGCUUCAGUUGUGUCCGAUUCUUUGGAACCCUGUGGACUGUAGCCCGCCAGGCUCCUCUGUCCAUGGAAUUUUCCAGGCAAGAAUGCUGGAGUGGGUUGCCAAGGGAUCUUCUUGACCCAGGGAUCAAAACUGGGUCUCCUGCACUACAGAUAGGUUCUUUACCAUAUGAGCCACCAGAGAAGCCCAUAGGUUCCAGCUUCAUGGGAGAGAGGGAGGCUUUUAGGCCCAUAGGGAUACCAGGAGGGUUUUUUCCAGCCCAAAUGGCUUCCAGGCCUGAGCCUAUUGUCCUUUAAUGCUAUCAUGGCAUCCUUUGAACCAGAAAGAGAGCAAGUGGCAGAGCUAUGGAAAGUUUGUCCUGCUCUGAAAUCAGAGGAAAAGUUUCCCUUCACUUCCUCCUCUCUGAGGGCCUUUAGAAUUGCUGCAAAGUCACAGGAAAGGUCUUUCUCUAGUGGAAGUCCCACCCCACUAAGGUCUGGGUCUGCUGUCAGUUCUCUGUCUCCGGUCUCCCUCCACUUCAUCGACCUUCCCUGUGUGUCUCAGAGCAAAAAGUGCUUUGUGUUUAUGAAUGUGACAUGUGUCACUCUGGAACCUCUGUACCGUGCUGUAGUGAAGACUUGACUGUAACUUGUUCCAGUGUCAAUAAAAUAGUGGCUGUGU